AUGGCGGAAAAAAAGACUUUAGGACGUCAAAAGAUUUCAAUGGUCAAAAUAGAAAAUGAAGAUGCUCGAUACACAGCAUUUUCAAAGCGCCGAUCGACAUUAUAUAAAAAAGCUAGUGAAUUGGUUGGGAAAUACGAUGUUGAUGUGGGGAUAACAUUAUUUUCUCCAACCGAUAAACCCUACUCUUUUUUUCACCCUACAAUGGAUGCGGUUGUCAAUCGAUUUUUAAGUCCAAAUACACAGGCAAGUGAAAGUAAUCGUAUUGCUAUUGCAAAUUCUCGAAACAAAGUGAAGGAACUAAAAGUUGAGUUUGAUGAGCUUGAUAUCAUAGAAAGGGGUCUAUCUAAUUCAAAAUCAGGCAUGGAUGAAACUGACAUGAAAAAAAUAUGGGAAUCUAUUAUGAAAUUUAAUGAAGAGGAGGUGAAUGAACUCGAGCUUUGGUUGAACUCUGUUGAUUUUGAAUUGACAGCGCAGCUGGAAAACGAUGUUUCUUCCUCUACACAAGCACCUCCAGAAAAUGUUGAUUAA